AUGAGGAUCUACUCUAUGAGUCUAGUUACAGAAUUUGCCUUUGAUCUUGUUAAGGUGGACUUGUUCUUUAGCUUGUCUAAAGCUUCAAAGCCAUCGUGGAAUCAACCUUUGGAUCAUCUUCGGGUGGAAGAUGCAAUGGACAUUCCUCUAGCAGCCCCGACAAUUGUUGGGCACGAUGACAAGGGCGAGGGAGACCAUCAUGUCGGUAAUUGUCCUAUGUAUGUUGUGAUGUUUGUUUUGGGUAUGGGAAUUGUGCUUGAACGAGGCAGCAUGACAACACAAAACUUCAAGAAUCUGUUAAGGCAGAUGAAAAGGAGGUUGUUUGCUUUUAGCAUGAAUCAGAUUGACCUUUUGAAGAUUAUUUUUUUUAGGAAGAAGCAGUACUUCACUAUCCAGUCUAUGUUGAAGACGAUGAUGUUUGCUUGGGACUCAGCUGACUUGUGCAUUGUCAGUGGGCCGAUUGCUGGAGCUGAGGACUACUUGUUGAGAAUGAUCAAGGUUUUUGACAAGGUGUUCCCGGAAGAGUUGAUUGAAAGUGUGGGCUCCUGUUCAGGUGGUGUUCCAACCUAA